GUGACGUUAUUGCCGGAAGAUUUGCGCGCAUGCGCUGUCGAACUAAACGCAAGGAGUAGGCAGCGGGCCACAGCGUAAACGGCAUUAAAACACGAGAUGGCUGGAUUGCCGCGCAGGAUCAUUAAGGAGACGCAGCGCUUGUUGGCCGAGCCUGUGCCUGGUAUCAAAGCAGAGCCAGAUGAGGGGAACGCACGAUAUUUCCAUGUGGUCAUCGCCGGUCCACAGGAUUCUCCAUUUGAAGGCGGAACGUUUAAACUGGAGCUGUUCCUCCCAGAGGAAUACCCCAUGGCUGCCCCGAAGGUCCGUUUCAUGACCAAAAUCUACCACCCCAAUGUCGACAAGCUGGGCAGGAUUUGUCUGGACAUUCUGAAAGAUAAGUGGUCUCCGGCUCUACAGAUUCGCACCGUGCUGCUGUCUAUCCAGGCCCUGCUGAGUGCUCCGAACCCAGACGAUCCGCUGGCCAAUGAUGUAGCCGAACAGUGGAAGAGCAACGAGGCUCAAGCCAUUGAGACAGCCAGAACAUGGACCAGGCUGUAUGCCGGGAACAACAUUGAGGUUUAGAAGAAGGAAAAGAUGUUGGAAACUAAGGGUGGAACAAUCUCCUCCUGUCUUCUAUUGCAUUUAAAGGACACUUUCUCAGACAAAUUAAAAUGGAAACCGAAAAAAAACAAACAUAAGAUCUAAAACCAACUACUGCAGCCCUUUGGGUGAGUGUAUGAUGUGUCAGUGAGUGGCUGUUCUCAGAUCAGCUCAGAGCUAAUGUUCGCUCCACUAUUUGAUCUCUCUGGUUAUGGCUUCAUGUGGUGACGGCCUGGGGCUUCAUAACUUAGGGAUUGGAUUUCCCACCUGCUAUUUUAUGGUCACUACACUGUGCCCGGUCCGAAUGUGUAGUUCAGUCUAUCACAAUCCUUCACACAGUGGCUUUGACUGGAAACGGAUUGUAGGUUUGUGUGUCCUGUGCUCCAGGCCCUACACCGGGGUGGAUAGUUAAUCUGUAUUUGGGCAUGGGGGGGGGCUGUUAACAUGGGUCGCUUAUAUGCUGCUUUUUGGUCAGGGACAAAAUGAUGUGAAUUUUUGACUUUUUCUUCCUGUGAAACGCCACAGCAUGUAGUUAAUCCGUCUAAAUCAUACAGGACAAAUCCUGCUCUGACGUUGUUGUACUCCAAACAAAGCUUGCGUGAAUGUGUGUGUCUGUAAAGGUUUGUGAUUAGGCUGGUGUGGAAUCUGUAUGACUUGUCUGGGAAAAUUAAAUCUGUACAUGUUCAGUUUUAGUAAAAAUAUUUUUUGUUAUGUUA